UCUUAUAUUGUGAUUCCACUCCACGCGCGGGGCACUGUCAGAUGACAACAUCGGCGUUUUGCUGAUGUGAAGGCGUUUUCACUGAACUCAUCAUCUGUCCCGGAGCCCAAAAGGGACAUGGGUCAACUUUAUGGUGCGACUCUUUUACCAUUUGGCGCAAUUUGUGUUGUGUUCCUGUGGGAGUCUGGUGCCAGUUCUAUCAGGACGACGCUUGGAGUGGACACAUCUAAGACGGAGUGUCCAGAAAAUAAGAUCUUAACAGUGGAGUAUCCCUGUGUCAGAGCUGGGGGGAAGAACAGCACUUGUUUCAGGAGGAAAUGCUGUGAAGGCUUCAGGUUUGUGAUGGGCCAGUGCAUACCUGAAAGCGUAGAUGUGUGUGCUGAAUCACCAUGCGAGCAGCAGUGCACUGAUAACUUUGGACGAGUUGUCUGCACAUGUUACCCCGGAUAUCGCUUUGACCGAGAAAGACACCGCAGCCACAAAUCUCCAUACUGCCUGGACAUUAAUGAGUGUGAGCAUCCAGGCAGCAGUAUGUGUGACCAUGAGUGUGUCAACACCGUGGGCAGCUUCCUGUGUCGCUGUCACAGUGGCUUCAUACUAGCACCAGACCAACACUCCUGCAUCCAUUUGCACAACUUGAGUUCAUCUGGGAAGUCAGACACGUUGAUGAGCGCUGGUGCCUGUUCGUUCACCUGUCAGGAUUUUAUGAACAUGAAAAACAGUCUGCUGCAGCUGAAACUGAGGCUGGGGAACACGCAGUCAUCAAAUCAGGUGCCUGGCCUGGCAAACAGCAGCGAUAAGCCUACUCCGGGGAGAUCAGGAAAAAGUCCCGAUGGCCCAUGUCUUCCUGGUUUAAGCGGCCCUCCAGGAGCUCCCGGGGUCCCAGGACACCCAGGAGAACCAGGAAAAAGAGGGGAACCAGGGGAAAGGGGCCCGCCCGGUCCUCUGGGUCCACGGGGUGACAUGGGACCCAUGGGUCCAGAGCCUGAUCUGAGGCACAUCAAAAGAGGCCGCAGGGGACCAGUGGGACCACCCGGGGCACCAGGAAGAGAUGGAUUAAAGGGUGAAAGAGGAGCUCCAGGCCCCAGAGGUCAUCCUGGACCACCCGGCUCCUUCGACUUCCUUCUGCUAAUGAUGGCCGACAUCCGCAAUGACAUCAUUGAACUGCAGGAGAAGGUGUUUGGAGAGCGGCGAGGCAUCUCUCUGGACAGUCCUCCUCAUUCUAGUGGAGAAAUGGAUUUUGUAGAAUGGGGUUCUGGACAAGGAGAUCUCAUGCUAAAUACCUGACCUUUGACAUCUGUCUCACAGCAGCAGUCAGUGAAGCCAAGCAAAACAAACAUCCAACUUUGCUUUUUCUUUCAUUGAGGAUGCUGCUGGUCAAAACUGCCAAUAUGUAAAUUAUUAACUUUGCAGCUGAGGUGAACUGGGCAAGGAAUCCUCACUGCACUCACAGCUGAAGAAGGUAAAACAGAGAGAUGAAGUAUUAUAAAUUUAGAAACUGGACCACAGACUGUCUUCACCACUGCAGGCUUUGUCUUGCUGCCUUUCAUAUGCCAUGGAUGUGAGUGAGGAAUGUGCGUGCGGGGCGAGGGGUGAGAAAGAUGCAGUGUGUGCCUUUAUGUCUCUGUGCUGUGCCUCUAAGCUCAACCACUUCAAACGAUGAAUUUUAUCGUCUGCAUCUUUUCCUGUUUCUGAGUCGGUCCAUGGAAGCUCUGCGGCCACUGAGAGUCUGCCUGCAGGGCGCUGGUACAAAGACCCAGGACCCGCUCUGUGAGCCUCCCCUGCACCUGUCUGCAGGAUCCAGCCCUACAGUCUGAGCUCUGCAGCUUUUCUUUACUCUGAGGCAUAUCCACGACUCAAGUCAUGAGAUUCAUGACUGUGGAGAGAAUCAGUGUUGUACUGUUGGAUGAAAACAGCAGCGGCUUUUAUCAUUUUAAGAGUCAAAUGGAGGAUCUGAAACAGCUUAAUGCUGCGAGGCGGAUCGGUCUCCCCACACUGUCAUGUCUUAAGUAUGUUAAGUAUGUUCAGUGCUCAUCUAAAUACAACCUAAAGGAGGAGUUAAAAUAUUCAAGACAUAUAUGCAUUCUUAACAGUAUGUUUCGAAUAACUAGACAUGCUCUAUGCUAUUUGGAAAUAGUACGCCACAUUAAAUAUGAUUAACUAUCACAAAGUUGUCAGAACUUUUUUAGUUGUCAGUAAAACUUUUAAUUAAAAUGAGGAAAUGGAUUGCAUCACAAAGCACAUGGAGGCAGGAAAUAUAACACUAAUCAUAUUCUUCAUUAUUACUCUGUCAUCAUCAGACUAUGAGCAUAUUACAGAUGAAAGCAAUGGCUGCAACAUUCUCACAGAGACCAGCUUUGCACAUACUUAAAUAAUAUCCUUUUACUGUACAUGUAAGAAACUAAAAUCUGUAGAAACUGAAGGACAUUGAUUCAAAUACCACUGAAGAUCCAACUAAUUCACCUGCUGCAGACGUCUACAGCAGGUGAAUUACCUUUACACCAAUAAUUGUCUAAAAGUUCUCUAACCUCCCUGUAUGCCAAGGGUGUCUUGUCCUGGUCCUGCAUGUUUCAGAUGUUUCCCUCUUCCAGCACACCUGACGGUCGUUAUAACACUCUUGCAAUGUCGACACUUUGCUUCUGGUUUAAAUUUUAACUUGUUUUAUUUAUUUGAUUUGAUUUUAGUGUUUCUUGAUGCUUUAUUUAUUUUUUUGACUGUGCUUUUAGUCUU